AUGUCGGUCAUGUCCUCGACCAAAGGCGGCAAGAUGUUAGUAUCACGGAGGAAGCCCGUGCAAAAGUCUGAGAACGUCCAAACGUCGCCAAAAUCUGUUCUCAGCAACCUUGCAUCCGUCAAUGAGCCGAUACGGCGUGGAUCGUUCAGCUCUCAUCUGGAAAAACCUAACGGUGGAAAGCGCGAAGCUAUCAAGGCAUCAUGGAAAGAGAGUAAAUUUCACAAACUCAAAACUAAGAUGACCUCCGAAAGGAAGACAAAGACUGAGAAAAUCGAGUCUCUAGAAAAGCAAAAUGAGAGCACCGAAUUGACGACUGCUCUUGACACUCCGAGUACGCCGCAGCCGGAGUCUUCAUUAGCGGAGGCGUUACCCACUAGCAAUAGCAAUGAACCCACUGCUGACUUGGAAGCUCCCGAGCUAAGUACCACUGUUUCACCAACACAUUUGCCCGAUACCUCAUCCGAAGUGUCAAUCAUCUCGCUCGUUGCCGAUCUCGAUCAGUCAACGAGGUUUUUGGAUGAUGGGGGCGAUAGCCAGGAAACGGAUUUUGCCAUUUCCUCACACGACCCACCCCUGCUGACACAUCGUCAGCCUGUCGAGCCGACAACAAGACCUAUAUUCAGCAUUUCCGACACAUCAGAGCAGUUGCAACAAAUCAGAGCGUUGAUCUUGAUGCAGGCAUAUGACUUCCUGACAGAAAUGCCUGCUGAUACGACCACCAUGGACUAUGUGGACCAGAUACUCCGGGCGUAUCGCGUAUUGCUGCAGAGGUACAGUUCGAACUCGGACAAUCUACAGCAAGCGAAAGAUCAACUGAAAGUAUACCAUAAUGUCGAAAAGGAACUCAGGGAUACACAGAUGGAGUUAAGAGAGACAAAAGGAAGAUUACAAGAUGCGGAAAAGCAAAAAGGUAGAUAUGACAGAGAGUCUACUCAGCAGAAGGGACGAUCAGCACAAUUGGAACGACAGUUGAGGACGCAGCUGUCUAAAGACAAAGCACAGUGGCUAUCUGAACGUAAAACCCUCUUGGACGAUCAGGAGGGGCUAAUGAUGUCGUAUAGCCAACAGAUACAGAACCUGCAGAAAGAGAAACAAGAUCUCUAUCAACAUACAACACUAACGCAGCGAGAACACGACCAACGCUAUCUCCGUUUACGAAACGAGAAGAAUGCCACGAUUACGGACUUGAAACAACAGAUCGAUCUUCUGACAGAUGGAAUUACACGCGCAAAGAAAUCUGCGGAAGAGCAACUGAGCGUGCAGAAGGCCACGCUCAAAGCAGAGCAUGAGCAUGAUCUACUCAUGCAUGACGAGGAUGUCAAAAAACUCCGGAGGGAAUUGCAUAUGCAAAAGAGCAGUCUCACCAAGGCGCAUACACAAGAAUUACAGCAACUGCAGGAAAGAUCUCAGAGUGAGAAGGUGGAGCUUGAUAAGAAGCACGAUGAGGAAAUGGCACGAUUGCGAUCUCAGCGCGAAGAGCUGAAAGUGGCGCUUGUUGUGAGAGACCAUUUCAAGGGCUUGAAAGAUCGUGAGCUUACUGCGCGAUACAAACGAAUCUCCACUGAGAUCGAAAACUUUGCAAGCAUGGAGUGGAACACUCGAUGCGAAGCCAACUGGCCCCUCUCAGAGGCACAGCUUAUGCGGCUUCAUCCGAAAAAUACAAGAAGACUGAAGCAGCAGAUAGUUCAGCACUCCAUGUGGGUACUUCUGUAUGAGCAUAUUUUCAGUCUACCAUUCAAGGUAUUUGGGAAGGAAGGCGUGAGGAUGAACAAUGACUGGACCAGUAUCUACGAUUUGGAUGUGUCCUCACUAGAGUGGCCCACGAUAUCUUCAGAAAUUGAAAAACAGCGGUACGAGACUGCUCGUUCACUGCUUACGGCCAUUGAAGCACCUGGUCAAGGAUCGACGGAACACCAAGAGCUACGUACUGCAUACAGCGAAACAAUCUCAACAUUGGUUACGAUCAUCUCACAGGCUAUCGAAAGGGUUGCAUCGCUGAACGAGAGAGACCUGAAGUUACUUGAUGCUCUUGUGAACCUCAGUGGGAGGACUUGGCUGGAAUGCUGUUCUCAGAGAUACAGACUCAUCAUGCAGCUGCCUAUAGCUGAGGGCAAUAUUCUCAAUCUGCCCCGCAAAGAAGCCCAGGCACUGACACUGGUUGUCAGUCCGGAACUAAAGCGGUACGGCAGCUCUCAAGGCGAGCAGCUUCACGGCGGCGAGCCGAUCACCGGCUGGAAAGGACUUACCGUAUCGUAUCCAGCAUGA